CAACUACAGAAGCCUUCUUUGAAGAUCAUUCUGCUUUCCUUCUUUCCUUCUUCUAUUUUUUUUUUUUUUUGGAACAAUAAUGACAAUGUAAUAUUGGUUAUAGGAUGGCCAUUACAUUGGGUAGUUGGAGAUUUAAUCGAACGACUUGGCUUAGCAUUACGAGAUUUUUAUAUAUUAAAAGGAAAGAUGCGUCAAUAUACAGUUCCAAAAUGGGCACAAUAUGCAAUUGGUGCAUCUGUAUUGGUUGCAUUUGGUGCUAUGGUCUUAGAAUGGUAUGUGGUACGAAGAAAGUUGACAAUUAAACGUGCACCAGCUGGUAAACUAUCAAAUGCAUCCAGAAGUAAAGCAUUGAUGUUGGUGGAUUCAAUGUCCAACAAACGUGAAAUACCACGUUAUCAUUACUGA